AUGUAUGAUCGUAUGUAUGCUGGAAGACGCAGACUUAAACCACAUUUUGAAGGAGUUAAAACCUUUAUUACAUGGGGAUUUGGUCAAGAAUGUUGUCAGAGAGAAGGAGGAGUAAGAUGUUUGUGUCUUAAAUUUGGAUGUAGACGUAUAAUAAGUAAACCAGAAGAAGUAGAAACUCAUUUGAAGAGAAAGGGAUUUAAGGAUAAUUAUUGGGUUUGGAUAUCAAAUGGGGAAGAAAUGUCGACGAAUAUGUCAGAGACUAGUAAUUUACAACAGAGUUCAAGUAUUCAAUCACAUAUGGAAUAUGAAGAACAAUUUAAUCUACACGAUGAUAUGAUUGGCGAUGCUUUAGGGGUGAGUGUGGCCUAUGAUGAACAACAAGAUAGUGAUGGGAAGAGUUGCCGAAUGAAAAAACUCAAAAAAAUUAUCAGUUGUUGA